AUGAAGAGGCGAAUCUCAAGAGCGAUCGUCAGUUCGAUGACUGAUCGACGUAUUGACGGUGGGCUGCUCGCCAGACGGGCCAUCAAGAACGCUCUGUCGAUCGUUCGAAGAUUUUACGGCAAACUGCGCGGAGGAGAAGUCAUUCACGGGAAUGGGAACAGGAACGUCGACUGGCAGCAUCGGAUCGUUAACGAGAUCGGGCUGACAGCGUUCAGCGUGCCAGUGGACGACGACGAGCUGCGCAACUCGAGGAACGAAAACCUGGAAAACGAGCUGAGGGAGCUGGCGAUGAAAACGAACAACCGUUGA